AUGGAGUCGGUGCUGGAGGCUUUCCGGGUGCAGCAGGACCCACAGGCUCGGCCCGAGCACAUCCGCGACGCGAACCUCUGGCUCGAGCGCUUCCAGUCGACCACCGAGGCGUGGACGGUCGCCGACGGGCUGCUCUCGCUGCCGGCGGAGCAGGUGGGCAACGGCUCGGCGCACGUGUUCGCGGCGCAGACGCUGCGCGCCAAGAUCCAGUACGACUGGGCCGAGCUGCCUCCCCAGUCGCACGCCGCGCUCCGCGACAGCCUCCUCGCGCACGCCGUCCGCUACAGCGCCGGCCCGCAGGUGGUGCUGACGCAGCUCUGCCUCGCGGUGGCGACGCUGGCGCUGCACAUGGAGGCGUGGGGCCAGGCGGUGCCCGAGCUCAUCGGCCGCUUCACCUCGCCGCCGGCGGAGGCGCUCGCCAACCCGCCCUUCGGGUCCCUUCCCUUGCUGGUUCCUGAGCCGCUUUCGGAGCCGCCCUCUGUUUAG